CAUUUGAUCUGCUGCACUCAAAAUGGCUGAGAUUAUGGUCAUUUUUGACUUUGACUCAACAAUCAUUGAAUGUGACAGUGAUAAUUGGGUGCUUGAUGACACUGCUUUAACUCAAAAGUUCUACCAGCUUCUUCCUACCAUGCCUUGGAACCCUCUCAUGGAUAGAAUGAUGAAAGAACUUCAUUCACAAGGAAAAACCAUUGAAGACAUCGUUGAAAUUCUGAAGAGGACACCAAUGCAUCCUUGCAUUGUUCCUGCUAUUGAGGCAGCUUAUUCCCUUGGGUGUGAUCUGAAGAUUGUGAGUGAUGCAAAUAGUUUCUUCAUUGAGACAAUUCUGCAGCAUCAUGGAGUGUGGAACUGUUUCUCAGAGAUCAUUUGCAACCCCAGCUAUGUCAAAGAAGGGAGUCUCAACAUUUGUCCAUACCAUGAUUAUCUAAAAUCUUCCCAUGGAUGCAAUCUUUGUCCACCAAACAUGUGCAAGGGAUUGGUGAUAGAAAGGAUCCAAAAGUCCCAGGAAGAAGCAGGAAAGAAGAAAGUGAUCUAUGUUGGAGAUGGAAAUGGAGAUUUUUGCCCAAGUUUGAAGCUAAAAGAAAGUGACUUUUUGAUGCCAAGAACAGGCUUUCCACUGUGUGAUUUAGUUUCAAAAAAUUGCAAUCAGAUAAAGGCAGAAGUGCAUGGUUGGAGAGAUGGGAAAGAGCUUCAACAUGUUCUACUCAAUCUCAUCAACAAAGCUAUUGAAGAAGGAAACAACACCAUUAACAAUAAUACUCUUCAAACAAUCUCAGUUGAUUGCAAAUUGCUGCCAACUCCAAUUCCAAUUGACACUCAUCAACCUUUGCCAAAAGCUCUCUCAGUUCCUCAAUAAAUAAUCACAGCUAUAAUCUCCACCAAUCUUUAUAUGAUAUAUAUUUCAAGUUACAAAAAAAAAGUGAUAAUAUCUAUGAAAAAUAGUGUGUCUCAGACCACUUAGACAUGGUGCCUUGAACUGAAGCUCUGAGGAAAAAAUGAGAGCCUAUAAAGCAUUAUAGGGUGUUAUCAAGUUCUGCAUUAUUUUAAGGAAUGUUGUUGCAUUAUGUGUCAAUGUAUGAGAUGGUGUUUUGGUCCUUGACCAUAAUAAAAGACAGGAAAGUAUUUUUUUUAACAA